GGAGUCGUGUUUGCGUGCUCGUUCAUGUGAGCAGCGGGAGUCAGCACGUAUCCGUCUGGUUGUUUAGCAGCAGCAGCUUUAAGGUUGUGCAGAAGAUGCACACAGCAGCCUGGGCUGUGCACAACAUAUAGAGGUGCCUGGGAAGCUAGUACAUGUUUAAUUCAGAGGGGGAACUGCUGUUUCUGUGAGACACGGACUCUAAGCAGAAAUGGCCGGAAUUAUUAAAAAGCAAAUUUUGAAACAUUUGUCAAGGUUCACCAAGAAUCUGUCCCCGGACAAGAUCAAUCUGAGCACGUUGAAGGGGGAGGGGCAGCUGUCAAAUCUCGAGCUCGAUGAAGAGGUUCUGCAGAACAUGCUUGACCUGCCUACCUGGCUGGCUGUCACUCGGGUCUACUGCAACAAGGCCGCCAUCAGGAUACAAUGGACAAAGUUGAAAACCAGCCCCAUCUGUCUGUUCUUGGAUAAGGUAGAGGUAGAAAUGAGAACCUGUGAGGAGCCACGUCCACCUAACGGCCCCUCUCCUAUAGCUAUCACAGCAGGCCAGAGCGAGUACGGCUUUGCGGAGAAAGUGGUGGAGGGCAUGUCCGUGAGGAUCAACUCGAUCACCAUCAAAGUGCAGGCUCGUGCCUUCCAUGCCUCCUUCGAGCUCUGGCAGUUACAAGGCAACAGCCUCAACCCCAAAUGGCAGAACAGCGACCUCCGCUACACCCGCGUCACCGACCCAAAGAGAGGAGAGGUGUUGACAUUCAAAGAAAUAAACUGGCAGAGUCUACGAAUCGAGGCAGAUGCCAUUGAGAGUAACGACCAGGACCUCGGCAGCACCCCAUUACGUCUCAUCACCAACCAGGGACGCAUUCGCAUCGCUCUAAAACGCAGAAUAAAGGACUGUAAUGUGCUGGCAUCCAAGCUGCUUUUCAUUCUGGACGACCUGUUGUGGGUGCUGACAGACUCUCAGCUCAAAGCCAUCAUCCAUUACGCCAAAUCUCUCAGCGAGGCCAUGGAGAAGUCUGCCCAGCAGAGGAAGAGCAGGGCUGCUGAAUCCCUACAGACUGCUCCUCCGUCGCCCGGCCUCCACAACCUCUGGACUGAGCCCCCACCCGCCCCUGCUGGCACCCCCAGCAACGCCAGUCAAUACUUUGACCUCUAUGACGUCAAAGAGUCUUCUUACCACACCUUCAUAUCCCGCUUGGACUUGCACAUAUGCAACGACAGUUCUUCAAUGGAUGACGAUGAGGCUCCCCCGCCAGGCCUGCAAGGUGCCAUGCAGCUGACUUUCAGGAAGCUGGGCUUUGACUACUAUCCCGUCCACAGACCUGCUGACGGAUGUCGACACUGGGAACGCCACAGCGGAGCCAUGGAGGCUCAGGCCCAGUGGGCUGGGAGACUGCUGCAGGAGUACCAGAGGAGAGCAGAGGCUACUGGGUUCCCUGGGCCACACGCUGAGGUGCCCCAGUCAACCAAGGACUCCUCUGUAAAGACAGCUCAAGAUGGACAGUCCAGUCCCAAGACGAGCCCCUCUGACACAGAGCAGGCGUCCAGCAGGAACUCUGUCCCGGCUCCUUCAGGGUCAUCGCUGAAGAGGCUGCGGUCCAGCUGUGUGGUGGUCAGGAUGGAUGAUGUGGACAUUCACCAGGUGUCAACAAGAGGCCGUCAACACAAGAAGACACGGUCUUUAUUAUCCUGCAACCGUAAAGCUCUGCGUUUGCCAGACAACAUCCCAGCAGUUCAUCUGCAGUUCACUGAAUACUACUUUCCUGACAACCCCAGUUUUUCAGUGCCCACCUCAAACCUGUAUGCCCAGCUGAACGGCCUCCAGCUCUGUGUGGACCCAGCCAGCGUGCUGUGGAUCAAUCUGUUUUCCAGGGGUCUGCUGCACACCCUGGACCAGGUCAAAGCUUUCUACCAUUUGCAAGACAGCAGCAGGGCUGAAGAGCAUGUAGACAUCCGCCUGGAUGCAGCUCAGCUCAAGUUGGUAAUCCCCUUGGAUUCUUCCAUAUUGGACCAUCCGGAGCGUCCGCAGUCCCUCUCUGUUACUGUGCCCCAGAUGGUUCUCAGCAACUCCCGCCUCUGCCCUCAUGGCUCCAGAGCUGACCUCAAUAGCACCAUUGACAAGUUCACCAGCUGCUCUUUCUUCCAGCACAAGCCUCCCUGUCCCUACCCCAGAGACCAGAGUGCCUUCCACCCCAUCCCGUCCACCUUCCUGCAGCACUCUCAAGAGACGGAGCCCCAGCCUCUGGACAGAAAGCAGCUACGAUCCCAGGACGUCUGGUCUCUCAGUCUGUCCCGCGUGACCCUCGGCUUUGACGGAGCUCGGCGAUUCCCCAAAGGCAGAACCCAGCCUUUCGUUGAGCCCUUCGCCAUGUCGGUGUGGCUGUGUCAGCCCUUUAAAAACGGAUCAUCGUCUUCCUCCUCCAGUCCCAGCACAGAACGCCAGCCUUCUUCAGAGCAGGAGGAGGCUUCACUCGCCUCUAUCCACUUCUUGGCCCACAUCGUCACUCCAGUGAAGAUGUGGCUCAACCACUACCAGUAUGUUGCCCUGCUGAGGAUGAAGGACGCCAUGGCUCGGUUGGGGGCAGAGUUGAGCCGAGAUCUACGAGAUGUUAAGCAGGCUCACGGCCAGAAGACGAAACCUACUACGGUUUGCCUCGCCCUCCUGGUGGACUCUGCAGAAUUGGGUCUCCUGUUGCCACCAGUGUGCACGGAGCCUGAGGAAGAAGUCCCCCACACCCCAGAGACCGACAGCAUAACAGACUCUGACAUCUCCCCCACUCAUCACUCAGCAGUGCUGGAGGACAGCGGGUUAGAAAACGGCAUCUCCUCCCUCAACACCAUCAGCGCAUUCGAUCAGGACGAACAAGAUGGGGUGGUGGAGGAGGCAUGCGAGGCUGUGGAGGAGGGGUUAGAGGGGGGCGGUUUGACAGCACAGGAGGACACCCCCGUCCUCUCGCCUCCACUCUCACCUGGCCACUCCCCUGUCCUCUCCCGCGAACUGUCCAACUUCAGCCUGGAGGGAGAGCUGUCAAGCGCCAUCAACGUCACCAAGGACGUGACCAAAGAUGCCUUUAGUGCCUCGCUGGACCUGACCAAAGGGGCGUUUUCAAUAACAAAGGACGCCUUCAGCAUGCUGAGUCGUGGCUCAGGGAUGAGCAAGUUGUUCAGUGGGCAGGCAAAGGAACAGGUCCAGCGUACAGAGGACUCCUCCCCCUCUCUGGCUGCCAGCCUGCGCCACCAAUCCAUGAAGCAGUCGCCGUCCCAGCAUUCCUUUGAUAGUGCUAUCUUGGACGGCAGCCUGCCUGAUGAAAACCUCUCCGUGGAUAGUGAUGUCAGCGACAAUUUUGUCGUUAUCAUGGAGUCAGAGUCAGGUAUAGAGUCCAUGCGUCCCAACAACACUCCUGCAGGCAGUCGAGGCAGCCCAGCCCCGGGCACAGAGGGCGGUUCAUCAGCGGACCUCAGCAGCUCUCUGUCCCAAAGUAUCGAGGACGUAUCUCAGGAUAUGUCCUCGGUGUUGCUGCUGAUCCUGAGUGGAACAGCUUGUACUGUGGAAGUAAAGGGAGAAGACCAAGUUGUGGCUGUAGAAACCCAGAAUCUGAGCCCUGUGCAGAUGGGUAAUAUCAGGGUAUCGGACCUGCAUGCCGGCCUCAUACAAGCCCCAGGCGGACCAGUCCAGAAGCAGGAUAGGCCGGGUACCAGCAGGGGCCCUCCAGUAGUUUGCAUGCGAGCAGAAAUGGGUCCGUCUGCAGCGCGACACUCUGCUCAGGCCGAGUCUUUGGGCUUCCUGGAUAUGAGAGUUCGAGACUGCAAAGCAGAGCUGUUAGCCUCCACAGUGGCGAACAUCGGUCCUUUUCUGGAGGACGAGUUCAGCGUUGACGGUCAGCCAAUGAAGUUACACAUGAGCAACGUCACCAUCACUAUGAAGGAUGACAGCCCUAAAAUCUACCCUACAGCCCCUCAAGCCGUCCCAUCCUCGUUCAUUGUAGAUCAGCUGCUCCUCGAGCGCAGUGACGACGGCAUGAUGAGGCUCAAAGCCGAAGGUACAGACCCUAAAGCCUCAGCAGGUGUUCCUGUGGUUGCCCCGGACAACCCAAACUGUUCCCGCUCUGUUCAACAGCAGAGUGAGAGACAAACCCUGGAGUCCCAGCUCUCUGACGCCCAAGCUGCUCUCAACGAGGCCCUCGGCGACAGAGAGCGCCUCCUUCUGGAAAUCAGGAAGCAUGACCCCACGUUUGCUCUCUGAGCCUCUCUGCAUCACUGCUGGGGAACAGUGAUGGGACGCAUCAGGCUGAAUGUCAGGAACCAGCUGGACUCUCAAUAAAAGCACGUCUGGACUUGUUUGAAAAGAAGAUGGAUCCAAGGUUUGGCUUUGGGGUCACUUCAUCACACUGUUCAAGAGAUUACAAAAGAGCCCCUAUAGCAAUUCCUAAAAGGGGAACCUAGUGAACUAACUUAGAGCAGGUACAUUAAUGGUACUACUUUUUAAUCUGGCAGUCUAGAUAUCCCUCACUGCGGUACUAAACACAUAUUACCCUGGUUGUUUCUCAUGCAAAUCCAUGUGGACAAUAAGCUCAUUGUGUGGUUUUCAGUGUUUGUCACACAGCAUGCAAGGGUAAAUAUCAUCAAGCUUUUAAUUCUCUCCAGAUAAUUCUUUGUGUUUCGGAAGUUGAGCACAUGCCAAAACCUCCUCUUCACGUGCGCUGACACUGCCAGACAGCUGCUAGUCCCAUCAGUCGCUCCCAUCUACUUAAUGUCAAGCAUGCGUUGUGAACAGUGCUAAUUUACACGUAAGCACAUCUACAGAUACUGUCAUUAAGCUAAAUAGACUUAGUAAUGUAGAUUACCUCCGUUAGGUGUGUGUGUUCCUUUUCAUUUAAAAGUAUUAUGACAAUAAUAUCAGCUGUUACUUGUUGAAAAUGUGAUGUGAACAGUAGGGAAAACAAUGCACUUUUCUUUUUUUUUAAAGGAAGCAGAACUAUAACUGCUUUCACUGAGUGACGGAUGCAUCUCAAUUUCCACCUUGGUUGCUUUGUUAUCACCAGGGUGGAAUGGUUACACACUCUUAUCAAGUUCUCACUGUUCUCAGAACGCGGGUCGAAUCAUUCCCCAGUGUUAUUCAUCUUCGAGUUGUGAAACGUCGGUCGUGCUUCUUUUGUACUGUGAAACAAUGUGGUCGAAUGUCCACUCAAAGACGACGACGUCUUUCGAUGUCUCCCUCGGCUGUGGAGAGCAGAGUAGCUCCAGUAUCGUAACUGGGUUAGUCAUUUCACUCUAACUCUCUGGUUUAAAGGGGUUUUUAGGCUUAUUACUACACCUACCAGAGUUAUAAUACUUGAUCUCAUUGAUAACUGCUUUGUAGCUUGCCAGGAAACAACUCAAGACUGCUAGUUUGAUUACCUCUGUGCACAUUUGUCAUGUAUAGUAGAGUGGUCAGGAUCUUAUGUGUGUAUAUUUAUUUAGUCCAAGCAUGUUUGUUUGUUUGUUUUUUAACCAGAGUUACUUUACAGUGUAUUCAAGCCAUAUCAAUCAAAUACAUUUUAAAAAGUGGUACUGAUAAUGUAUGCACACACACACACACACACACACACACACACACACACACACACUCACACACUGUGUCAUGUAAAUGACCAAAUUCACUAAAAAAAACUGACUUUUUUUCAGUGUGUUUAAUCCUGAUCUGCUGCAGAUUUCAUUUAUCAGGCCAGUUCAAAUUUGUGUCACUUUUCCUUUUUCUAUGCAUAAAUCUGUUAUAUGCAUGGAUUCAAACAUGAUGGAUUUGUUCAUCAAAAAGACUGUAUAACAUGCAUCGUACGAAUGCUUUCAAGAAAAAGACCUGUCGGCUACAUUUUAUGUACAAAUGUUCUAUUGUUGAAUCGGAGGUUUAGCAUUUUGUCUGUGGGGGUACGGUUAUUUAUUUUAAUGGCUCCAAAGCUGUUCCAGCCACCUUUCAUCAUUCACCAUUGUCCCGUUGUGUGCUUGUGAGACCCCUGGUGGCUCAACUUGACAGCAUUCCCCAUUCAAAUAUUAUCUUUUGUUUUUUAAUGUUGGUUGCCUUGCAAGCUAUGAAUGACACAUUUGCAUUCUUAAAAAAGGAAUGUAAAAUAUUUAAGCAAUAGAAAGACAGCUUUGGUUCAACCAAAAACAAGACAAAGAACGGUACCACUACACUUUCUUGAUGUAGAAUUCGUCAAUUUCCAAGAUGUCGGUCAAAGAAAAAUGAUUUACCUGCAUGUGUGCUCAUAACGUCCUAACUCUAUCAGUGUAAUACAGCAGAGAUACUGCCCUUUAACCUCAGUAUAACUUGUAGUUGUGAUCUCAGCUUUUGAUGUUUUUGUUUUUGCAUGGCCUUAGUAGACAAAGAUACAACGGUACGAAAUUGAACUUCCCAUGCUGGAAGCAACAUGUAGCUGUAAAUCCAGUUUCCCUCUCCUCCGUCAGGCCUCAAUGUUAAGUAGCAUCGCUGUUCUGCUGACAAACUGGUGCUCUGAGUUCCAUCUGCUCAUAACCUGUGCUCAUGACCAUGCAAAAAAGGAGGAGAUGGACUGAGAGAGAAGCGAGACUCACUUCAACUUUGGCAAAAAUGUUGCCAAUGAAAGCAGAUGCAUGUACCGAGACGAUGUUGCAUAGUUUAUGCCUUGUGAAUUACUUGCACUUGUGUGAUAAAUUCACUGGAAAUUGCACUUGUUUGGAUGUAAAUCAGUAUUUUUGUCAGUCGUGUAGAGUUACAUUGAAUUUUGUAUUGUUUUUAUCACUUCAUUGAGACUAAUACAAAAUUGGUUCUGUGAACCAAAAGCUAGUAUGUGGGAAAUAUUUUAAAAGUGAAAGAAUAAAUGAUUAAUUGCUGAACACAUUUCAGUUGUGCCUUUAAGUUAAUAGAAAACGCAUGUUUCCGUGUAACAAAAACAUCUAUUGCCUCCACGUUUUUUUGUUUGUUAUAAAACAUACAGCAAGUUGUACGUUCAAGUGUCACUCCAAUUAUUUUAGUGUGAUUUAUAGUUUGUUCGACUUUAACCUCAAUAAAAAGUCUACAUAUUUCCAAAAAAAA